UUUGAUAACUGCCACAUGAUUGUCGUGCAAUUGACACUCCUUUUCUGGGUUUAAAAAAGGCAUUGGUUUUUCCUGCCACUUUUUCUUUGUCUUUUCUGGGGACCAAAUUGCAGACAGAUGCAACACGAAAGACUAGGAAGACUGAGAUUACACAUCCAAAGUUUUUGUACUGUUCUUGCUGCUUCAGUGCCACUCUGCAACUACAUUUGAAUUGAAUUUCAAAGCGCUCCAUACAAAGUUACACUAUCAGACAAUAAAGACAGUUUCAUUGCAAAUCCCAUUUCCAAGAUUUCCCAUUUCCCCCUGUCUGUUUGAAAAUCUGUAAAAGGGGUUGAUACAAAAGACAGCGAGAAGAAUCAUGAAAGUUCUGAUUUUGGUGGUACCCGUCUUGAUUUUCAGCUCACCUUUGCUCUCAUUUCCUGUGGAUGUGAAGCCAAACCCUCCUGUUUCUGACCCUGUUCUUCCUACUGAGAAAGAGCCCCCUGUUUUCCCUACUUCGUCUCCUGGUGUGGAAGCUCAAUCUCCAGGAGAGGCGGCUGUCAGGGCAGUCCAUCAUCAGGACAUAAACAAGAAAAUUUUAAUUGCACUCGUGGUUUCUGCAACUCUUCUUGGUGGAAUAUUAUUAUUGCUGUCGUGUUUUUGGUUCUACAGACUCAAAAAGUUAAAGAGUUCCGAUACAAAGGCAAACCAGAACUCAAAUGCUGCAAAAGGGGUAUCAUUGGGUCCAAUUUUGGAUAAAAUCACUUCUUCAAAAGCUUUUGGAAAGAAAGGUUCAAUUGCUGUUAUUGAAUACCCUUUGCUAGUAGCUGCAACCAGCAACUUCAACGAAGACAACAUUCUGGGUGAAGGUGGAUUAGGAUGCGUAUAUAAAGCUCAAUUUAGUGAUAACUUCCAUGCAGCUGUCAAAAGACUCCAUGGUAAAUGGCAGGACUCCGAAAGAGAGUUCGAGAAUGAGGUAGAUUUGUUGAGUAAAAUCAAGCAUCAAAAUAUAGUUUCAAUUCUAGGGUACUGCAUUCAUGGAGAGACACGGUUUUUGGUGUAUGAAUUGAUGCAGAAUGGGUCUUUGGAAUCUCACUUGCAUGGACCUUCUCAUGGAUCAACUUUAACUUGGCAUCUACGGAUGAAAAUUGCUCUAGAUGUAGCAAGACUAAGAUGUAUCUCUGAAUUGACUAGAGGACUGGAGUAUUUGCAUGAGCGUUGUAACCCUCCGGUGAUACAUAGGGAUCUCAAAUCCGCCAACAUCCUCUUGGAUUCUACCUACAAUGCAAAGCUUUCUGAUUUUGGCCUUGCAAUUAGUGGCGGGAACCCAAACAAGAACAGCAUAAAGCUUUCAGGAACUUUGGGUUAUGUUGCUCCAGAAUACCUCCUAGAUGGUAAAUUAACUGAGAAGAGUGAUGUAUAUGCAUUUGGUGUUAUUCUACUGGAGCUUUUAAUUGGAAGAAGGCCAGUAGAGAAAAUUACUGAAGCUCAGUGCCAGUCUAUUGUUACAUGGGCCAUGCCUCAGCUCACUGAUAGGUCAAAGCUUCCCAAAAUUGUAGAUCCUGCCAUCAGGAACAAGAUGGAUUUGAAGCACUUAUAUCAAGUUGCUGCGGUUGCUGUCCUGUGUGUACAGCCAGAACCAAGCUACAGACCAUUGAUCACAGAUGUCCUUCACUCCUUUAUUCCCCUCGUUCCUGUUGAGCUUGGAGGAUCAUUAAAAGUUGCAUAGUUGGUUCUUGCUCGUGGCUGAACCUCGCCUAGAUGCUGUGCUUUCUGCUGGAAUAUAUACUCGUUGAACGGCUGUCUUUCUUUUUUCCUGGUUUUUGAUAAUUAGAUGUACUUAUGCCGGAAUUCUUAGGAUAGAGAACACAUGACAGGAAGAAGUUUUGACGUCUGUCAAUGUAAAUAUAAAUCUGAUAGAUUUCAAAAGUGGAGCAUCGCUGCACUCUCAUGAUCUGGAUUCAUACCAUCCCAUCGUCACAUUGCAAAGUCACCCAAGUGAUGGAACAAGGUCUUCAUUUUAAGGGUGUUAGUUACCAAAGAUCCGCCUUUUCUCUUCUGGCUAAAGAACAGUGGAACAUAAUUGACUGUACAAGUAGCUCUAUCAACAUGUUGCCUUUUUGGGCAACUCUUUCAAUA